AUGGUGAUGCUCGUUCAAAUUCUAUUCUUCACGCUGGCCACCGUUAAUACAGUCGCUGCGGAGAAGAAAUAUUGCGGGGUUAUCGGGGGUUCCGUUCUGUGCUGGCAUGUGGACGUCGUGCUGAACGCUUCGUACCCAGAUGACCAUGAGCCGUACGCGGGUGACGCCUUUUAUAAGGUGCAGGUCAACAAACGUCAUUGGUUGGAGAAUAGGCACUACGAGAGCUGCACGGCCAGGAUGUACGGGACUGCCCCAUGUAUAUUGCACGGCACCGACGCCCACGACCCCGCCGACGAUCAGUUCUACCUGAAAUUCUAUCUAAGAGCCAAAUAUACUCAGGGGGUGGCUAACCAAUUCCGCUGCGUGCACUUCCACGACCCGCUUCAUUUUGGCGCUGAUCUGAGGGCAAACAUUACCGGCAGCCUUCACGUAUUUCCCGAGCAUCCGUUCUGCCGCUUCGACUUCCAGCUGACCGGCGGCGACAAAAAGACGUCGGGCACGAAGCUGUGCGAGUCGUGCUGCGUCUGGGAAGUUUGCAGCUUUGGUGACAUUCCGAAUGUCGACCUCAAACUU